AUGGACCAGGUUAGUGAAUCAACCUGUCAUUUCAAUUUACCUCUUAUUUUGCUCCAUUAUUUAUGCUUUUUCUCAAUUUUCCAGUACGAGAAAGUUGAGAAGAUUGGUGAAGGAACCUAUGGCGUUGUUUAUAAGGCUCGUGACCGCAUCACCAAUGAAACAAUAGCUUUGAAGAAGAUUCGCUUGGAGCAGGAGGACGAGGGUGUACCCAGUACUGCAAUUAGAGAAAUUUCUCUCUUGAAAGAAAUGCAACAUGGAAAUAUCGUUAGGUUGCAGGAUGUAGUGCACAGUGAGAAACGUUUAUAUUUGGUUUUCGAAUAUCUAGACUUGGAUUUGAAGAAGCACAUGGACUCAUGUCCAGAAUUUGGGAAAGAUCCACGAAUGAUAAAAAUGUUCCUUUAUCAAAUUCUCCGUGGUAUUGCUUAUUGUCAUUCUCAUAGGGUUCUUCAUCGAGAUCUAAAACCACAAAAUUUGCUGAUAGAUCGCCGUACCAAUGCACUAAAGCUUGCUGAUUUUGGACUGGCCCGAGCAUUUGGUAUACCUGUUAGAACAUUUACGCAUGAGGUAGUUACACUGUGGUACCGAGCACCAGAAAUACUGCUUGGAUCCCGCCAUUACUCUACUCCAGUCGAUGUGUGGUCAGUGGGCUGUAUAUUUGCUGAGAUGGUAAACCAGCGGCCAUUAUUUCCUGGGGAUUCCGAGAUUGAUGAACUGUUCAAGAUCUUCAGAAUCUUGGGUACUCCAAAUGAGGAUACAUGGCCUGGGGUGACUUCAUUGCCUGAUUUUAAGUCUGCUUUUCCAAAGUGGCCGCCUAAGGAUUUGGCUACUGUUGUUCCAAAUCUUGAAUCAGCUGGCAUUGACCUCCUUUCUAAAAUGCUUCGCAUGGAUCCCAGUAAAAGAAUUACGGCAAGAAAUGCUCUUGAGCAUGAGUACUUCAAGGAUAUUGGGUGUGUACCCUAAUACCUUUUACCCUGAGAAGCGUCUAUAUAUAAAUGUGUAGCAUUUUGUGGGUUUUGAUUGUGAGAAAUAUGUGUAAUCUAUAUUAUUAUAUUUUCUUUGUUUUUCCUCAUUGCAAUUUUUUUUUCCUCUUAUCAAUUUUUAAGAACCUAAUUUGCAUUAAAUGGAACUGGUUUU